AUAAGUUCAAGCAAUAGUUAGUUAAUUGACAUUAAUCAACCACCACUGGGCGUCGGAAGUAAAUAAAAAGUGGGCGUGUCCUGCCCCACACAAAUAUAAUGGUUCCGACGCCCAUGGAUUUCAGGAAGCAGGAGCGUGGUCAAUGCUGUAGGUAAAACACGGAAUGGAGUUUAAUUUAUUAGGUCGUUCCUCAAGCAGAAUGGAUUCGACUGGCGGCGCUCUGAAAAGUGCGGAUAUGGAUCGGUCGCGCACCACCGAUACCCGAUCCAAUCAAAAUGCUUGGAUCGGCGUCAAUACCGAUCCAAAAUACCGGAUCGGUGCAUGCAGUUAAUACCUUGAAAUGAAUAAGAUAAUAACGUUAUAAUGUAUUUCACAUUAUAGAAGUUCUUCUAACAAAAAAAAUGGCUUGUGAAUUAAUUCGUAAUGUGUUAUACUGCAUUCUUAAGAGAUUAUAAUCACAUUUCAUAUUAUGUUCAUACAUAAUGAUAACAAUAUGUAUAAUAAUUUAUAAAUCCAUUAUAGCAUGUUAGGAAGGUUUGUAGGAUCAUGCAUGUGACCCACGUACAAAGGAGGUGGUGCUAAAAUGUUUUGGCUAAAAUGUUUUUGACCGAGAAAAGUCACACACUUGCUUAGUGACAGGUUACAGGACCUGAAGAAACAGAAUGUCUCGGCCGAGUGCAAAAAGAAAACGUAAAGCUGAUUCACCCAUGGAGUACAAGAUGGACCACAAGAGGCGAGGCAAUGUACUAAUCUUCAACCAGAAAAACUUUCAAACAAAUUCAAGUACACGUCAUGGCACAGAUAAAGACAGAGACAACCUCAAAAGAAGUUUUCAGGACUUAGGAUUUAAUGUAAAAGUUUACAAUGACAAACGUAAGAAGAACGUGCUACAAGAACUACAUAACGCUGCUGAGAUGGACCACACAGAUGCCGACUGCUUUGUCUGCAUUUUCCUGACUCAUGGGGAAGAAGGGCAAAUUUCUGCCUACGAUGAUAUGAUCAAGAUCGAGGAACUAACUGAUCUCUUCAGAGGAGAUCAGUGCAAAAGUCUUGUAGGGAAGCCCAAGAUCUUCAUCUUCCAGGCAUGUGCUGGUAAGAAGUAUGAGACUCCUGUGACUGGCAUGGCAGGAGGGUUUGCUGCUGAUGAGGAUGAUGAGGAGGUGGAGAAAGCAGCUAACAUCUACACCAUCCCAGCAGGGGCAGAUUUCCUCAUGUGUUACUCUUCAGCAAUGGGAUUUUAUUCCAUUCGCAAUAAGGAAUCAGGAUCAUACUAUAUUCAGGACUUAUGUGAAACACUGCAAAAGCAUGGCUCAACCCUGGAGAUCACUGAGCUCUUGACGAUGGUCAACCUGAAGGUUUCCCAACGUGACAUGUACCCAGAAGGUAGAGAAGAGAAAAAAAAACAGAUGCCCUGUUUCACCUCCAUGCUGACUAAAAAACUCCACUUUUCCAAGAACAAGUAAAAAACCAAUUCCAAGUGCAUUACAUCUACUCACUUACCAAUAAACAAAGAUACUGAUAGGAA